AAUUCAAAUGUGCCAACACUAGUGACCACAGAGUUAUUAUAAAAUAGACAGGAUUAUAAAAAAAAAUAUAAGUGGUGUUUUUAGGAACUGUUCGCUACGGUUUAGUGCGUCAGCAAAAUAAUAAAUAUUAUAGUUUUAUAAGUGUGAUGCAAAAGGAUUGAAAAAUGGAUUUGCACGCUCCACCGUUAGUUGUUCACGGGUAUGAACCUCACGCGCCUCUGCUAGAGGUUGAGGGUCUGGACCCUCAUAGUCCCCAGCAGAAGGUCCUCAUCCAUGCCCCAAUCCAGAGCCAGGAACUCAUCAGCACAGACCACAGGAAUGGAGAGUAUGAAUUCGCAGAUGAGCAGUACCACGCGCACAGCAGUAACCAGAGCGGAGAUGGUCACGGAGGUGUUAAUCAAUUGGGUGGUGUUUUCGUGAACGGGCGACCGUUACCGGACGUUGUAAGGCAGCGGAUUGUUGAGCUGGCUCACAGCGGCGUGCGGCCGUGCGACAUCAGCCGACAGUUACGAGUGUCACAUGGUUGUGUGUCGAAGAUACUAUCACGGUAUUACGAAACGGGUAGUUUUAAAGCGGGCGUGAUCGGCGGCUCCAAGCCAAAGGUCGCGACUCCACCCGUUGUAGACGCUAUAGCGGCAUACAAGCGAGAGAACCCGACGAUGUUCGCGUGGGAGAUACGAGAUCGGCUCCUAAGCGAAGGCAUCUGUAGCCAGGACAACGUACCCUCUGUCUCAAGUAUCAACAGGAUCGUCCGUAACAAGGCAGCAGAGAAGGCGAAGCACGCGCACAACCAACAACAACAACAACAACAGGAGCAGGAGAUCAGUUCUGCGCAAGGCAGUGUCGUUUCUGUGAUAACCCAUGCUGGUAACGCUCCUGGUACCACAGCCGUGCUGUCCCCAACUACCGAGCACGUCAACAACACCGGAAGUUACAGCAUCAACGGAAUCCUGGGCAUCGAACAGGUAGACGGACUCCACAAUGGAAACGGUUUGAAGAGAAAGAGACACGAGGACCAAGAUGAAAACAGAGAUUUCAACAGCCAUUCAGAAGACGAUGUAAAAAGACAAAGAAGUCAUUACAAUGGAGAUCAGAUAUACUCCAAUCUCUGGUCAUCGUCGAAGUGGAGUCUAAAAGACGAAUACAAGCUGUUAUCAGAGCUAGGAGGCGGUACAGGAUAUUACGGUGAACUGUUCGACGCUCCGUACGAACACCCUGCACAUCAUUACACCCCUCAUUCUGCGACGAACGACUCCACAGGAUCAACAGCAGCCGGUGAGCCACCCUCAGCCGCUGGAAGUCCGGACGCCGCAGCGUUGGUGGUACUGCAACCGCCAGCACCGCCCUACCCGCCCUAUGCUCAUUAUGAUGGUACAGCAACCCUUGCCAGUGACUACGCAUACGCGACGUCCUACUCUCAAUACUCCCCCUAUGGAGGACCAUAUUCCCAUUCCGCUGCUACCGGCUUGCUGUCCAAGUGAUAUCAACGGGCGCCGUGCGAGCAAUAGCUGUCGGCAAGCCACAACGAAAAUAAGUGAUAAUGGACACUACGUAAAAUUGAAUUGUGAGAAUUUUAGUUAAAACAUUAUCCAUUCCUUUAGAAAAUCUCAUUAUAUGUAGAUAAAUUAAUUAAUAUGUACAAUUCGAUAAUUUUUAUUUUCGUUAAUGUUGUUUAUUUUCAGUUCGGUCAGUAUCGCUUUUCUUUAGCUUUCUCAAAACUAUAAUCAAAUCGAGCAAUUCAUUUAUACUCAUUAUUUUUAUUAAAUGAACGAGAGAGCCAAAGUAUCGAUAAUUCAUCAUUAAAUGUAAGCUGUAAAUAAUAUUGUAACAAUUAUAAUGUACUUCAUUUAAUGUCAGAAUUAGAAUUAGGUCUAUUGUUUCCCUUACCUCAAAAUGGUUACAUUUAGUGAAUAUUUUGUGUAAGAAUCGUAAUGUUUCAUUUAAUUAUCUGUUUCGAAACUGUCUUAAGCACAAUGGCGUUUUAUUAGAGCCUCUCUAUUACUGUUACUGUUCGUAUAAGUUAAUUUAUUUUUUAUAUUGUUAAUUAAGUACAUAAUUAUGUAUUUAUAUGCGUUCAGUGAAGCUUAAGUAAAGUAAUAUAUUCAAAGUACUUAAUGUUAUAAAGGUUUUGAAAUUACGAUGAGAUUAUUUCUGUUUUU